UUGCCAUCCUAAAGCGGGAGGAUUUGUUGCAUUCCACACAACAGCAUGGAUGACCUUCUCCAGCGGUGGCCCCGGUGGAAAAUUCACAAAGUCUCCAUCAGCGCAAUCGUGUUCGUCUUGGCAGCCUUGAGUUCGGCCACAGAUGCGUUUUUCCGAUGCUCCACAACCAAAAUCAACAACCGCCUGGUGGCCAACUGCCAAGGCCAAAGGCUCAAGGCCACACCCAACGUGGACGUGUCCACUCAAGUCUUCUUGUUGAAUUUCAAUCUCUUCACCACCAUCCAGACGUCUUCGUUCCCACAGUUGAGUGCCCUGAAGAUGCUGUCGUUGGGGAAACAAUUGGGAGGUCCUCUCUAUGUUGGAGAAAGGGCCUUCGCGAAUGUGUCCAACAUCACCUUCCUAGAUUUGGGGGGCAACAGAAACCUGUCGUUGCAUCCCAAAGCGUUCCAAGGUUUGACCAAACUCAAGGUAUUACACUUGGACAAUAGUGAUUUUGACAACAGAAUCCUGGAGAUGGGCUACUUCCAAGACCUUUUAUCACUGGAAACCUUGGAUCUUCGUGGAAACCACCUUCAUCGGUUGACCGCAGAUCCAACCUUCCAAGGACUGAAAAAAUUAAGCGUCCUUCAGCUGAAUCUCAACAAAAUCGGGGCAAUUUGUGGGGACGACCUCCAAUAUCUCAGAGGGCGUCAUUUGACCUUCCUUGACCUGUCCUCCAAUCGAUUGUCCAGAGAUCGUCCUUCUUCUUGCGCCAACCCGUUUCUCAACAUCACCCUGGGCACCUUAGACAUCUCUUCAAACCCAUGGGACGUGGCCCGAGUCGAAGACUUCCUCAAAAGCCUGAACGGUACAAGGAUCCAGAACCUCAAGGUGCAACAUUCAGGAGCCAUCGGCAGUGGGUUCGGGUUCCAGAACUUGAAGGACAUUUCAGCCACCACGUUCUCGGGGCUGCGUCACAGCCGCAUCCGGACUUUCGACAUGUCCCAUGGUUUUCUCAACACCCUGAACGCCUCCGUCUUCUCAAGCUUGCCAGAUCUCAACACCUUGCUCUUGAGAUCCAACCAGAUUAAUAAGAUUCAAAAGGGGGCAUUUUCAGGAUUAAGCAAGCUCCAGGUUCUGGAUCUGUCCAACAAUCUCCUCGGGGAGCUAUACACGGAAGGACUGAAGGAUUUGAAGUCCUCUCCUUUACGACGUCUGAUUCUGAAGUCCAACCACAUCGGGAUUGUUCAGCAUGACGCCCUGAUGGGUCUAAAAUCUUUGCAGUUCCUUGACCUGCAAGACAACGCUCUUGACCGAGUUCCCAAUGGGAAUCUCCCUUCCUUGAUGAGUCUUAAUUUGGGACAAAACAGGAUCCAGAACACCUGGGGCAUAGAAAAACUUGGCCCAAACCUGGUCCAUCUUGAUCUCUCCUCCAACCGUCUGAAGGACCUGGGGAACGUCUGGCAUCAGCUCGCAGAGAUUCCCUCCUUAAAGUUUCUGAAUCUCUCCGGCAACCACCUGAUGUGGUGUUCACGAGUCCAGAAGUCUCCGAGGCAACUUACACAACUGGACCUUUCCCACAACAAUCUGGGAGACAUUUGGGCCACCCAGAAAUGCACCGACCUCUUCCAGCAUCUGGGGAAACUCCGGGUGUUGAAUCUCAGCUCCAAUCACCUUCGGGACUUGCCUGGAAACCUUUUCCAGAGUUUGACAUCUUUAGAAAUCCUGGAUCUCGGGGCCAACAGGUUGCACAAAUUUCCAGAACAGAUCUUCCGUAGUUUGAAAUCCCUGCGUGGUCUCAGUAUCCGUGGAAAUCCGCUGAUGACCCUCUCGCCCUCCACGUUUCAACCAAUGGGGCAGCUGCGAUUCCUGGAUUUGAGGGAACUGUCCUUAGUUUGCAGUUGCGAGCUCAAAAAUUUCAACAACUGGCUGCAGAACCACAACGCAACUGUGAAGGCACCUGAGCUGCUCCUGACUUGCAUUCAGACCAGCUCCAAUUUCCAGAGGCAGCCCCUGCCUCAGUUCCUACACAAGUGUGUCUCUUAAGACAAAAGACACGUCCCCUUUGUGUGCAACAGGUUUUGGAGAGUUUGAACAAAAUGUCUACCAUGUCCUGAAAAUCCAGCAGAGAGAACAAUUUGCUGGAAAAGAGGGAAUUGUAAUUGCAAUGCAAAUAGUCCUCGACUUAGGACCACAUUUGAGCCCCAAAUUUUAUGUGUCUAAG